CUGUUGUAUAGUAAACAAAACGCGAAUGCAAGGCGCAACUUGAAAGUUGCUGCGAGUGUUUUAAUUGAAAUAUAUUACUUGAAUAUUAAUAAAAUACGACGUAUUUCCAUAUUCGGAAAGAAACAAAAACACAAGAAAAAAAGAAAGGUGGCCGCCGCAGCGAAUACGAGAAAGUGAAUGUGCUCUCGAGCACACAACUAGAAUCUCGUCAUUGCCGCUUUCAGCCAAGAAGAAAACUUCUUUUGCGUUCGCGUGAAUUGCAAAUUGUUUUUGCAAACAACACAAGCAGCAGCAGCCUCCCAAACGCCCGCCUCCUCCACACCACAUACAAAACUUUUCAUCGCCAUCAAUCGCUCGCUAGCUCUCUCUCUCUAACCAUCCCCGGCAUCACCACCGCGCCGUCACCUUGAUAUGUGCAUUUAACGGUUGUCCUAAUUUUUUGUGUGGAAAAGCGCAAACAGGACACAAUAUUUAGUUAAUCUCCCUGGAUUUUUUUUCAUUACUUUUGGGGGCGUGUCAGCAGCAUAAGGGUGCAGAGAUAAGCAGCAUAUGAAGAAGUGCAAUAUGUGCGAGAAGAGCUCCUGCUGGAGUAUGGGCCUCAUCAAGGCGCAAAAAAUCGGGCAAAGAUUGCUGUAAGAAUUCAAAAGAAGUUUUCAAAUCUGCAGCAGCAGCAGGAGGAGAAGGAGGAGGAGGAGGGAUUUUGCUCAAAUGUCGUCAUCAAACGGCGGCAUUAAUAGUGCCACAAAUGGCCGUAGUGGGAGCACUGGGAGUGCCAAUAUCAAUCUGAUGUCUGGUGUGGCAGGUGGUGGAGGAGGAGGAGGAGGAGGAGCAGCUGCAGCAGCCUCAGCCAGUGCAUCAAAAAUACUACCCGACUUAAAGACGCAACGUAGCAAUAGUGGCGGAGCUGGAGCCGGAGUGGGUGGAGGUGUUAGUGCUCUGGCCUUGACCCAUAGACGUGAUAACUCCCAUGUGGAUUGCCCGAAAGUGGAAAAAACUUACACGUAUGCUCCGCCUCAAAGUAAGCUAAUGACCAGAAAUGAUCAAGAUGGUUAUCUGGUUUAUUGUGAUGGCAAAUUGCAUUCGGGUUCGCUUCAGAGCCUAAUUAGCCACAUGGUGCCCAGCCAUGAAUAUUAUCCAGAUGAAGCCUAUGUGUUUGCCUUCAUUUUGAGUGCUAGACUCUUUAUACGGCCGCAUGAGUUGCUUGAAAAGAUUAGCCAAACAUGGGAGCAGCAACAGCAAACGGCAACAGCAGAGGCUGCUAUCGGUGGAAGCGGAGGCGCCGAUGUGGUAGAUGAUGCUGGUCAGGGACCACAAGGAUGCCAUAAUAUACAUUUAACUAUUAACUCCGCCUCGCCCAUGACUCACCGCAAGGGAACAACAGCAACAACAACGACUACAACAAAUUUGGAUCCAAAGCCUCAACAACGGACGUGUACCCAGAAAUCGGCCCAACAUUGCAUACGCCUGCUAUCCGAGUGGAUUGAGAUAUUUCCCUAUGAUUUCAGAGAUGAGCGACUAAUGCAGCAAGUUCGCAUUUUGGCCAGGAAAUGUGUCUACAUUGACAACUCGCUGGGCAAACAGGUGUCGCGUAUACUUCAGUUGCUUGUCUCGCGGUUGACUGCAUUAGAAAAAUAUGAAGAAUUCCUACAGCAACUAGGCAAGCAGCAGGAGGAGCAAGUGCCACCUACUCAUAAUCAUCACCAGCAGCUUCAGCAUCAUCAUCAUCAUCAUCAUAAUCCCUUUCAAACGUUUCUCGGCAGCAGUAGCAGCAGCAGCAGCAAUGGCAACUCUUUGGCUGGAGGAAAUGCUACUGGAGGUCCUUCCAGUGGUCUCCUAAAUGCUGGCCAUUCGAAUUCAUCGAGCGGCAACAAUUCAUCAAAUUCCGCCUCAACAACACCUCAGCCCACGGACGAUGUCUUUGGGAUUAUGGAUAUUUGCCCAAGUUGUGCUUAUUUAGCACAUCAAUUAACAGCCAUUGAAUUGGAACGCUUAAGCCACAUUGGGCCCGAAGAAUUUGUUCAGGCCUUUGCCAAGGAUGCCGGUGGAAAUGGAGGAGGAGGAGGUAACGGAGGAACAGCAGGAACAACUUCCUCAUUGAACGAUAUGAAAAAGACUCGAAAUCUGGAAUCAUAUGUGCAAUGGUUCAAUCGUCUUAGCUAUCUAACGGCUAGCGAGAUUGUCAAGUAUCCGAAGAAAAAGCAGCGAGUACGUAUUAUUGAAUAUUGGAUCGAAACAGCAAGGGAAUGCUUCAAUAUUGGCAAUUUCAAUAGCCUAAUGGCCAUUAUAGCUGGUUUAAAUCUGGCACCCAUUGGUAGACUUAAAAAAACGUGGUCCAAAGUGCAAUCGGCAAAGUUCUCUGUGCUGGAACAUCAAAUGGACCCAACAUCGAAUUUUAAUAGCUAUCGCUCAACGCUUAAAGCUGCCAUGUGGCGCUCUGAGGGCGCCACAGAAGAACGUGAACGCAUAAUCAUUCCAUUUUUUAGUUUAUUUGUUAAGGACUUGUAUUUUCUAAACGAGGGCUGCUCGAAUCGUUUGCCAAACAAUCAUAUCAAUUUUGAGAAAUGCUCUCAAUUGGCCAAACAGGUCAUGGAGUUCAAUGAAUGGAAAAAGGUCUCAUGCCCUUUUGAGAAAUUGCCACAUGUAUUGACCUAUUUGCAGCAUCAGGCGGUGCUCAAUGAGAACACUUUGGCGAUGGCCUCGUUCGAAUGUGAACCGCCCGAGAAUACAGAGGAAAAGGAUCGCUAUAAAACUGUGAAAGCCGAAACGAAGCAACAACUGUUGCAGCAAUUGCAGCAGCAGCAGUAGCAGCAAGAGUAGGAGGGGGAGGUGGCACCCCGCCGCCCGCCACUACUCUGCCGCAGAAAGGGGAGGGAUUAAUACAUCUUAAGCGCUUGCCAUGUUUAUUAUUUGUAUUUAACUUUUUUUUUUUUUUUGUUUUUUCGUAUGUGUGUGUCGUCUAUUUUAGUCCUAAGGUCAUGGGGAAUAAGAGAUUUUCGUGUAGGCUUUGAAAGCGAUUUAGAGAUUGAUUAACUAAUUAACGAACUACUUAAAAAAAAAAAAAACGCA